AGGCAGCUGGGGGUUGUUUCUCCCCAGGGCUUUGCUGGUUUUUUUUCUUUUUAAACCAUUUUCCCCCCCUUUUAAUGAAUCAGACCCUGGGUGAAAAUAAUGCUUUUGUUUAAAGGUGAUAUUUAAUGUUGAGCAAACUGCUCUUCCUUUGUCUUUUACUAUUUUGUUCAUAUUUUGCUAAGAGUCUGCUAUUCUACACAAGCAUUUUAAUAAACUGUUUGUUGUUGUAUCCAGGUAACAAGCAUGGAUCAGACAGCAAAGGACAAAGCACUCCAGCACAUGGCAGCAAUGUCAUCGGCUCAGAUAGUCUCAGCUACUGCUAUUCACAACAAGCUGGGCCUGCCAGGAAUUCCCCGUCCUACAUUUCCUGGGGCACCUGGGUUUUGGCCGGGCAUGAUCCAAACGGGGCAGCCUGGAUCCUCGCAAGAUGUCAAGCCAUUCGUUCAGCAGGCCUAUCCUAUACAGCCAUCAGUCACAGCUCCCAUCUCAGGCUUUGAGCCCACAUCAGCCCCAGCGCCCUCCGUGCCUGCGUGGCAGGGCCGAUCCAUCGGUACGACCAAGCUCAGGCUGGUGGAGUUCUCAGCUUUCCUUGAGCAGCAGAGGGACCCUGAAUCAUACAACAAACACCUCUUCGUGCACAUCGGACACGCCAACCAUUCUUACAGCGACCCCUUGCUGGAGUCGGUGGACAUCCGCCAGAUCUACGACAAAUUCCCCGAGAAGAAGGGCGGCCUGAAGGAGCUCUUUGGGAAGGGGCCGCAGAACGCUUUCUUCCUCGUCAAGUUCUGGGCUGACUUAAACUGCAACAUCCAAGAUGAUACAGGGGCGUUUUACGGAGUCACCAGUCAGUACGAGAGCUCGGAAAACAUGACAAUCACCUGCUCCACCAAAGUCUGCUCCUUUGGAAAGCAAGUAGUAGAAAAAGUAGAGACUGAAUAUGCAAGGUUUGAGAAUGGCCGGUUUGUGUACAGGAUAAACCGCUCCCCCAUGUGUGAAUACAUGAUCAACUUCAUACACAAGCUGAAGCAUUUACCAGAGAAAUACAUGAUGAACAGCGUCUUGGAAAACUUCACAAUUUUAUUGGUGGUAACAAACAGGGAUACACAAGAAACCCUGCUCUGCAUGGCUUGUGUAUUCGAGGUGUCGAACAGCGAACAUGGAGCACAGCAUCACAUCUACAGGCUUGUAAAGGACUGAGCAGUUAUUUAUAUAUACACUUCAUUUCACUUCUUUAUCAAAACACAGACUGUAAACCUCAACACUAAGUGGCAGUGCCUCUGGCCCAACUUUCACCCACAUUUUUCUAAAUCCUGUUUUAGUGAAGUCAUUUUUAAUGUGUUCAUAUAUAAUUGUAGCUGUGAAAUUCUGGUACAGUUGUAAAAAUUAUUUCUAAAACUAAGUGUUCUUCAAAUUUGUAAACCACAGUUCUUUGGGAAGACUGUAUUUAAGAACCUAAUGCCUCUGUCUGUGGAGGCCUAUUUUUAAUUCUGAUAGAAAAAUGUAUGACAGAGCAUUUGCCAUGGGGAAAAACUGACAGCAUUUAUAAGAAUUUAUUUUGGGUUUUUUUCCAACAUGAGAUACUUGUUUUACAAUGCAAGUGAAAUUGAAACGAAUCUUUAGCUAUAACUGUAAAUGAGUACACAAAGUUAAUAAUCUUUAUAGAAUUAUCUUUGUAACUAAUUAGGGUGGAAGAUAUGGACGAAUGUAAUUCACUAAAUUAUUUUUUAAAAUGAAACAUUUUUCUGUUUGAAACCAAAUGAAAAAUAUAGCCUUAAGAAAUGCCUGAUAGAAACAGACAGGUCCUAAAAUUAGGCAAAUUUUGUAUUUUUUUCUCAACGCUAAAACUAAUCUUCUAAUCCAUUAAACUUUCAAACAGGUAUUGCAGAGAAAGAAAACAUCACCCCUUACCCUUAACAUAUCUAGUGUAUUUUAAAAGAGUAUAAAGUUGUAUUGUACUAAUAUGAAAAUUUGAUUAUUUAAUGAAAAAGAUGGCUCAUUUUGCAAUAAGUAGGUAAAUACUGAAGAUUUAGACUUGCAUUAUAUGUAGUCUUGUGUGUGCGGUUAUAUUUUAUAUGGACAACUAUGUUUUCUAAUAAGGUGAGCAAAAAACUUGCAACUCUGAAAUCAAGAGAUGAAUGGAAACAGCUGACAUUGCAACAGCAUCGAGUCACUCAAAACAGAGAGCAAAACACUGAUGUGUUUGAAAGAAGAGUGUGUACACCUCUGAAAGGAUCAGCAGCUUUAAUAUCUGUGAGACGCUAGAGAAUCACAACCAGCAUCAGGCAAAGAAGGUUGGAAAGUGGAGAAUUUAAUUUUUUUUCUCCUUUUCCUCUUAAUCAUGGUGCUCUUACACCUCUCCCAGCUGUGUCUCCAGGUCUGGCAAAGACCUAAUCUGAAACAAACACGCACCUACCACGUGGGGUCUGCUGUCCUCUUGGAAAGCGUUCAUCCAGGUGGUAGCGUUCAUCCUUCUGACAAAUUCAGGGAAGCCUCCAGGAAGUGAAGCACAGCUGGGGAUAUUUAACACUGUAAGGCCUGUGAGCAUUGUCUGGGGUGUGCACAGGUGAGAGCAGCAGCCCCAGCCCUCCCGCUCAGGACAGGGCGUGUUGCUCAGCUCCUCUCCUCCUGCUGCCCCUCGCUGCCCAGGCAGGAGUGGUUUGAGCAGGUGCUGGGCCAGCAGAGGCUUCUCAGGCAGAACAUCUGUCUGAGCGGCUGAGGGCUGCCUGGCCAAGCACAAGCCACCUUAGGGAGCAGUGAUGAGUUAUCAGCAAAGAGGGUUCUCGGGGGAGUUUUCUGCAGUCCUGACUCAAAGGUCAGGCUUAGCAGGCCCCUCCUCCCUACCCCUUGGGAUUUGUUCCUGUAACCAGCACAGUUCUCAUGCACAGUCUAAAAGCAUCAAAUUCACUCCCAGGCCCAGCAAACAAGCAACUCUAUUCCUUUUCUUUAAAUUAUAUAUUCCUGCAUAGUCCAUUCUGUUAGAAUUGCCCACUGCUGGAACGUCUGGACUAGACUGGAGCCUAGGUGAGGUCAGAGCAGGACCGUCCCUAAGGCUGGGGAGCUCUGGGGCUCCAACAUCACCCGGGGGAAGGGAGACUGCUUCAACCCCUCAGCCUGGUCUGGCUGCAUGAGGUGCACGCUUUGGAUGGUUGCUGUGAUGCCUAGCUGUCACCUGCUUGUGGAUAUUAGGGCUGAUGAUCUUUCAGUUGAUACUCUGUGCAGUGAACAGAGGAACGUGUCCAUGGCAAGGUCUCUUUUAACGCUCAUUUUUAACACUAACAAUCACAUCAGGAAAAGCACUGCAUUGUAACAGCCUAACGGUAGCCCUUUAUUCUAAGCACUUGGUGUUACAAGUCAAAAACUACUUUUUGGUUUUUGUUCUAAAGUUGUCUUUUAUUUAGGGUUUGAAUUGUGGGUUUGGUGAUUUUUUAUUUUUUUUUUAAUAACAAGCAAACUCUUUAAGGCAUAUAAAGUAUGUAAGUCAAUUUGCAAAUCCAGGUACAGUUUGUUUUUUUUUUUCUUUUUAGUAGGAUCUGGCACACUACAUAUGCCAUAACUAUAGGGUAUAAACAGUCACAAUGUUUAUUGGUGUUCACAUAUGUAAUGUUAGGGAAACUACUUCCAUUGUCUUUUCUUUGCAAUUCUGUAAAUGAUCCAUACCCUGUAUAUGUUAAUUCUUAAAAGCCUUAAUCCUUCAACUGUUGAGUGUGGGGUGUGUAGUCCAACAGGCUGCCUGUAAACUGUGAGCUCUUUUGUAAGCUGGAAGUACUUAUCUUGUUACUGUUACUUUUUUGUAGGAACCUUUUAAUUGAGAGCUGCCAAAGCAUUACAAUAUGCAGUGCCUUAGCAUUAUAUUAGAAGUAACUUUUAGCCUCUUCACAUUAAAUUUUAUACAUUGUUUUCUUAAUUGGUUCCAUUUUUAAAAUAUCCGUAUUUUUCCCUGCAGAAAUGCUCUUUGACUGCUUGGUGUGAACCAGCUGUCUGUACAAGUCAGUCCCAUUGCAGUGAGAUGCCUAUACCAAAAGGAAAGGUUACAGAUCCCUGGUUCUCCGUGAAAAGUGAAUUGUAUUAAUGAAUGCUGCCUUUUUAAAUUUCAUGACCAAAUAAUUAAUUGUGACUCUUCUGCACUCUAGCAUGAAAGUGCCUUUGGUUUGAAAUUCCAGCUUAGAAAAGUGCUGCCAUAAUAAUGACAAUUUGUAGAGAGACCAAAAAUAUUUAGUUAUCACCGUAAUGCCUUUGGUUUAUUGGAAUAAGUUCAAUCUACAGGCCUCCAUUCACAAAAGAGCACCAUUCAUAGCAAAGGGAUUUUGCUAAUGAUCAGCCUGCUGAAGAAAAAUCUACUGUUUGCCAUUUCUGACAGCAUUGCAAACCAGCAACUGAGUCGUCUGUGAUAUAAAAAUGAAAAUAUUCCCAUUUAUAUUCUCUUCAUCCAGUCACGCAUCUGCAUAAUGAGAGAUCCAUAUCCUACAGAAUUCCAGUGGACAAGCAUGGCUUCGUUGACCUCCUCUAACAAUAUUUUGGUGUCUGUGGAGAUGCUUUGCUCAGACAGCAGAUUUUGUUUACAAAGCUGUGCGUGCUGGAGGUCAGGUGCACAGAACAAGAGGAGCAGGAGAGCUGAGCAAGCGAGGGUGGAUGCGAUCGUGUGGGUUCAAGCGUUGGAAUGUUGAGGGUGAGCAUUGUGCAUGAAGGUGCUGCUGGGGAAACUCUGGCCAGCACGACUCAAACACAGGGUUGUUUUGUUUUGUUUUCCUCCCAGUUGAUGUCUUGGGGGGAAAAGAAAAAUUAGCUUCUCUUAAUAAUGUGUCUGUUUUUGAUACCUUCUGUGAACGGGGGCCAUAUCUCCACCACAACUGAAAUCAAUGGGAAGAGGAGCAACAUUUUAGAAAGAACAAAUAUCAGCAAAACCAAAAGCUGUCAGAGGGAUUAUAUAGUUGUGAAUACAUUGUUAACUUGAUUUUUAAAGUAUUUGAUGAAAACUAAGAUUAACUUUUUAUAUAGAGAAAUAUUGUGACACUGUGUGGUAAAUAUUGUGAUAAUUCAAAUUCCCUUUCUCUGAAAUAUUAUUUUUGUUAUUCCUUCAAGGUCUAAAUCUCACUUACCUCUAUAAGACAAACAAUCCUGUUGAACUCAAUGAGACUGAGGUAGGGCAAAGAACAGAGACAAGCAGAACAUAGUUUUUCAGUCAUUGCCAAACGUUUUGGCUGUACUCGUCAAUGUUUGCGACAAGCUACACCUCUGUCUCAUUCAAGCAAACAUAAUGGUACCAUUAGGGGCUGUUAAAAAUUGCUACUAACAAAUGUAGUUUUACUUACUUGAAUUCCCAACUGAUUUUGUUUAGGUACUGCACCACUAUUUUGAAGGAAUCGCAGAUCCAAUGCCCGUUUCUCUCUUCCCCUCUCCACCACAGCUGCAGCUCAGCGUGGCAGUGGCUUGUCCCCUGGGGCCCCCACGGGAUGGGCUCCUGGGCAUAAUGAAGGGUGUACAUUACUGUUGAAUGUAAGGAACCGGCCAGUCCAAGGCAGAUAGGACGUUCCAUGUGCUAACCCAUAGCUAUUUAUUUUCCCGCUGCGAGUCCCGGGGCGCGCCUGCAGCCCGAAGCAGCAGCCCUGGGGGUUUCCUGGAGGCCUCAGUCAGCGCCACUGAGAGCCCUGGGGCUGUCCCCCCUUUCCUUUCCCGUGAGGAUACGUGUGCCCGGGCACAGGCGGGCGUGAGGAGCGGAGCCCGGCUUGCUCCUUUGCUCAGGAUGAUCUCCUUUCCCCUCUUAUCUUUCGUAACCAGAUGUUUAGCCCCC